GCAGGAGAUCGAUUGUGUGAUUGUCUGAUUUUCUAUGUACAGUGAGGGUUGGAGAACUCAAAUAGACAUCGUUGCCUGUAAUCGAUUGGACAGCACGACGUGACGGUUUGAGAUAACCAGCCAAUACCGCGCGCGCGCACGUUAUCCACAGCGAGCCUCCCACGAGCAGCGCAGUUGCACGGGACGCUUUCUCGCGCCCCAACAAUAGAGUGGUACGUACCAUUAUCUCUGGUUAUAACGGGGACAUUUUCUUGCGAUUAAACACGAUUUCUAACUCGUUACUGUGGAAAAGAACAUUUUCCCUUCAUAUGGGUAAAACUGACGGAUAUUUUUUUUGUUACGAAACCCGCCGUUAGCUUAACCGGACAAGGUUUAAUGCCAAUUUCAUCUACCAAGAGAGUCCCUUUGGAAAAAAAAGUGCCUGGAGUCCUCUCCGCCGCCGCCUCUUCCAGCAGGAGUACAUUUGAUAUCAGAGACAGUACAAUCAUGGAUCCGACCCGGGGAUUUAAAUUCUUGGACACGGUGGCAUGCUCCGCAGCGCAGUGAGGAUGGAGAGAAAAUAAGAAGGAUUCAACAAACGUAUCAGGUAGCGGUGUCGCAGCAGAAGGAUGCCGCUAGUGAAGCGCACCAUUGAGCCCAGGCACCUGUGCCACACAGUACUGCCAAGGAACAUCAAGAACGAGCUGGAGUGUGUGACUAACAUCUCCUUGGCCAACGUCAUCCGCCAGCUCAGCAGCCUCAGUAAAUAUGCAGAAGACCUGUUUGGAGAGUUGUUCAAUGAGGCCCACUCCUUCUCUUUCCGGGUCAACUCCCUGCAGGAGCGUGUGGACCGCCUCUCCAUCAGUGUCACACAGCUGGACCCCAAAGAGGAGGAAUUGUCUCUUCAGGACAUUACCAUGAGGAAGGCUUUCAGGAGUUCCACUAUUCAGGACCAGCAGCUGUUUGACCGCAAGUCGCUGCCCAUCCCACUGCAGGAGACCUUCCAGGCCUGCGAGCAGCCGCCACCUCUCAACAUCCUCUCACCCUACAGGGACGAUGGGAAGGAAGGUCUGAAGUUCUACACCAAUCCUUCAUACUUUUUUGACCUGUGGAGAGAGAAAAUGCUGCAGGACACAGAAGACAAGCGGAAGGAGAGGCGGAAACAGAAGCUGGAAAUGCCUUAUCUUGUGUGUCCCAAGGGCUUUAUAAGAGUCCUCUCUGAAACCCCUCCUACCUUCCUCACUCCCCCAGAGUUGCAGGACCCCCGCAUGUAUGAUCAGGUCUAUAGGUACUUAGACCUUCCAGGGCAGCUGAAGGCAAUAGACCGUCCUCAGGAGCCGGAGAAGGUACCUCGGGCACCCCACGAUCGUAAGAAGGAGUGGCAGAAACUGGCACUGGGUGCAGAGUUGGCACAGGACAUACCUGACGACAAACACAGAGAGGCUAACGGCUCCGCGGGUUACCACGACAACAGGGCUCCCUUGUACAUGGAGCAUUUGGACGGACCCUUCUCGCUGGCGGCGCUGCCCUACACCCAGAUGAACGAGCUGCUGAACCGUACCGGGGACAGAAUGUAUUCGCGGCCCCACGACCCUCCACCGCCUCCACCUCCCAUGCACUCACUGGGAGAGAUCAAGCCACCCUCUGUGAUCAGCUCCAGUUCGGGUUUUUCCGACAGCAGACCUCAGUCUCCAGCCCGGACAGCAGGAUUCAACUCCAACACUCCUCCUCCUCCGCCUCCCCCGCUUCCCCCUCCACCUCCCCCCUUACCCUCCACGGGCCUGCGGGGCACGCCUCCACCCCCCAUUCCCCCUCUACCAGUCCAGCAGCAGCCCCCGGUCAUCCCGCCUCCCCCGGCCCCUCUCCAGAUCGCCCCGGGGGUGCUCCACCCGGCCCCUCCACCCGUGGCACCUCCCCUCCACUCCUCCUCCCCGGCCCGUCUCCAGCAGGUCCUGGACAAGGGCCCACCCAUGGGCUCUGCGACCCAGUCAGACGGCACCAUCCUCCCUCCUCCCCCGCCGCCUCCUCCUCUGCCCCUCCCCGGAGCACGGAGCUCCUCGCCCUGUCCAUCAGGCGUGCCAGCUUUGCCGGGUUUCCCCUCAGCAGGAGCCAUGGCCUCCCCGCCGCCCCACGCCACCAUCCACGACGUGGGGAGCAAGAGGCACCAUCCCACCAAUCUGCCACCCAUCAGCGACGCUCGCAGUGUGCUGUUGGAGGCUAUCCGAAAAGGCAUCCAGCUGCGGAAGGUGGAGGAGCAGCGAGAGCAAGAGGCUAAGCACGAGCGAGUUGGCAACGACGUGGCCACCAUCCUGUCACGCCGCAUCGCCGUGGAGUACUCCGACUCCGAGGACGAGUCAGAGUUUGACGAAGGAGACUGGAUGGAAUGAUGGCAGUCAGGGGGAAGAGAAAGCAGCGCUGGCGGCAGAGGACAAACAUGUUCAGGUGCCCCCUCCCCUCCCCCCUUCUCCAACCCUGCACUCCACACCUCGCCAUCAAAGAAUCCUUUCUACUCCGGAAAGAAGAGAAACAUUGUUGUUGCCCGCAUUUCCUCUGUCGAGCUUUUUUAUCUCGUCAUAUCUCUGUCUCGUUGUGGUUUGUGUUCGGAGGAGAAUCUCCAUGUCAACCCUUGUCGGUCUUUCUAGUGUUCCAAAAAGAAGCUUUUGCAUUCAUUCUUUUCUGCAUUACCACACAACCUUUGUUUCUGCUGGAUUUCCUGUGAUGAAAUCCCCCAUGUUUACUAUUGUUAUUCAUGAAAAUAACUCUUUUGAAGAACCACUUGUUUUUGUUUCUUAUCUGUACGUCAAUGUUUAAAAAAAAAAAGAAAAAAAAGAAAAGAAAAUAGAAAAGGAAAAAAUGAAGGCAUGUUGCAUCUAUCCUGAGUUCUUCAGCGCAGUUUUGCCACCUGGUGGCUGAACGUGGCAUUGAGUGAAUGCUGUUUCUUUUACCGUCUUUUAUUUACUUUUUCUGCUGAAACAUUUGCAGUUUUAACGGGCCAGUAGCUGCCAAUACUGACCACUUCAUGAACAGUCACUCGGUGUGAACACCAGCUGUGAUUUCAUCCUGCUGGGUUGUCUUUCGUCAUGAGGACAGACUUUACCACUAAGAACAAGCAAAAGAUUGUGUCGGUAUGUCAUGUGAUGAUUGUUGUAUGGUUGUGGUGAAAAUGAAGAAAGGGGGGGGAAAGCGUACGGCUGCUUCGACCACGCGUGUGCGUAUCCAUCCACUUACAUCUUAACCUUUACCCCAGGGAAACGUAUGCCAAGAGAUUGAGCUUUUACGUCUGUCCAGGUUCUGCGGCUUCCUUGAGGAGCCACGUACGCUCAUGUCGACAUCAGGAAAUGUCAGAUUAACACUGAGCCAUUUAGUAUUUCGAGCUCCCAUCCUUCUCUCACGUUCUUUGCCACAAAAACAGACACAAGGUAGAGAUUAGAUGCUGAAGAUGUACAUCAGAUUUCCUGCCUCUGAUGAAUAUUCAGUUUGCCAAGGAAAGCUCUGAAUUUUGAGAAGGUACCCAUUUUAAUGAGUGUCUGACCAACACCAGGUACAAACCACUCAACACCACUGAAGGCAGCUUUUUCCCUCAGAUCCCCCUUUACUGUGUACCUGCCCACUAACGAGAAGCCUUACCUCGUUUGGUUCCGUUGUUGUUCAUAAGAAUACACUUUGCGUGAUACUGCCUUUUUGAGGCCUAAAAGAGAAGGAUACAUUAUGCCUUGUUCUGGCUCAUUUCAAAGAAAAUGUCUGCCAUCUUUUCCAUUUGUUCUUUCUUCUACUUGCCUUAUUGUUCGUACUAAACGUAUCGUUGAGUUGAUGAAUGUAUUGUGCUGUUACUACUUACUUGCCUGCGCUUGUAUGGAUUUGCUGUUUCUAUGUUUGGGGGGGGUGGGGGGGAGGGACAGUGGGACAGAAACCCUGGUUUGAAAAAAGAAAAAGAUCAGAUCAAUACUGUAUACCAUGUAACUUAUGUAACUGUUGACUGUAACAGUUUGCUUGAAUUAAUAAAAAUCUAAUGUUACGUUUCA